CUCAUGGAAAGUCAUGACGGUGCCGAGCGGGGCGGCGUGGCCGCCGUGGAGUUGGCCGGAGUCGGGCCGAGGGCUCCCGGCGAUGGCGGCAGCGGGCGGCUGAAAGGCGCCUGCCGGCCCGGGGAGACAGCCGCCUCCGCCACCGAGACUCCAUGUCCCAGCACCGGGACGCACCUGGAAGAAGAGGAGGAGGAGGAGGAGGAGAGGGAGAGGGAGAGGGAGAGGGCGAGGGCGAGGAGGGUGGAGGAGGCCGCGCCUGCCACCGGCGCGGGGAAAGUGAGGGAGGAGGGCGCCCAGCAGCAAAACUUGGUAAACAAGAUGGGCGAGCUGGGCACAGAGGCAGAGGGCGGCUUAGGGAAAGGAGCCCUGGCCGGCCUCUCAGAGCAAACGUUGCCGCCACACACGGACGGUAAGGUCCAGGAGGAAGGCAGCCCCAGUAAAACUCCCGAGGGUGACAAGAAUCACAGUGCCAGUGACCAAAGCCUGCCCGGCGAAUCGCAAAGCAUCGACUCCCUCGAAUCCUUUUCCAAUCUGAACUCCUGCCCGAGCUCUGAUUUGAACAGCGAGGGGGCUGAAGACCGGGCUCUGGCUCUUGCUUUACAGACUGAAGAGUAUAAUAGCAAGGAUGGUGUUGCCAAACCAUCUGGUUCGAAGGAGAGAUUCCCUGGACAGUCAGUCUAUCACAUUAAGUGGAUCAAAUGGAAAACCGAGAACACGCCCAUUAUUACACAGAAUGAAAAUGGCCCUUGUCCUUUGCUCGCAAUUAUGAACGUUCUUCUUUUAGCAUGGAAGAUUAAGCUUCCACCUAUGAUGGAAAUCAUAACAGCAGAGCAGUUAAUGGAAUACUUGGGUGACUAUAUUCUCGAUGCAAAGCCAAAAGAAAUUACUGAUGUUCAGAGAUUAAACUAUGAGCAGAAUAUGAGUGAUGCAAUGGCCAUACUACACAAGCUGCAGACAGGACUGGAUGUAAAUGUAAAGUUCACUGGUGUCAGAGUGUUCGAAUAUACACCUGAGUGCAUUGUAUUUGACCUCCUUGAUAUUGCACUUUACCAUGGGUGGUUGGUGGACCCUCAGACUGUUGAUGUGGCAAAGGCAGUGGGAAUGUGCAGCUAUAACCAGCUGGUGGAGAAGAUUAUCUUCUGUAAACAGUCAGAGAACAGUGAACUAGUCAGUGAAGGGUUUGUUGCAGAACAGUUUUUGAACAGCACAGCAACCCAACUGACAUUCCACGGUUUAUGUGAACUGAUUUCCACGGUUGAAGAAGGAGAAUUGUGUGUGUUCUUCAGAAAUAACCAUUUUAGCACUAUGACAAAACACAAGGGCCAACUGUAUCUACUGGUGACAGACCAGGGCUUUCUUACAGAAGAGAAGGUGGUCUGGGAGAGUUUACACAAUGUGGACGGAGAUGGAAAUUUCUGUGACUCUGAAUUUCACCUGAGACCUCCAUCUGACCCAGAAACUGUGUAUAAAGGACAGCAGGAUCAAAUAGAUCAGGACUAUCUGAUGGCAUUGUCCUUACAGCAGGAGCAGCAAAGCCAGGACUUAUCCUGGGAGCAGAUUCCUGAAGGAAUUAGUGAUCUAGAGCUAGCAAAAAAACUGCAGGAAGAAGAAGACAGACGAGCAUCCCAGUUCUAUCAUGAACAGGAACAGGCAGCUGCAGCUCAAAGCCAGGAAGGGCAACAAUCACAGGCAGCAGCUGCUGGAAAACAGCCUGGGGGCACUGAACGGAAACCACGCAAGGAACCAAGAGAAAAAGAAAAGGACAAAUGUAUUCUCUUGUGAUGGGGGUUGGAGUUUACCAGAAACUAAGUGCAUAACCCUUAAAAGAACCCGGUGAUAUGCCGCCUGUGCCUGAUCCCAAAUUGUUCAUAUUUUGAGAAAUGAUAGGAUGAUUUCUUUGAUACAGUCGGCCAAACUUUGUUGUAUGUUGCACAAUGCACUAUAUUCACAAUGGAGUUUCUACGGCAUUGAUUGAUGCAGUUACAUUACAUUUGACAAAAAUCAUGGUUCAGAACAUACAAAAAGCACCUUUACAUGUAACAGUGAAAUCACAAUGCCUGUUUUCUUCAUUAUUUUGCAUUAAUUAAUGCAAUCAGCUAAUAAGCUAUCUUGGCUAAUACUGCCUGAAUUUUAUUACAGGACAAUGAUCGGCAGUUUCAUGGUUCGUUUAGUUUUAAUUCUCUGCUUACAAUAAGUGACAAUAGCUAGAAUUUUUUUUAGCUCUCAUUAAGUGCUAUUAGAACUGAUCUGUCCAGUGAAUUAUAGAAAACAAAGACCAAACACACAAAAAUGGUCUUUCACGUGAUAGCUUGUGUAAGAUGUGCUAACACAAAUUUUGGUGGGAUACAAAAAUAGAGCUAGACAAUCUUUUGUCCAGAUUGCCGGUCAGUUUUUUUUUUCAUAAGCUGGUUUUACUUUGAGCCAUAAUAAUAACCUGAAGGAAUGCAGAGAGACAGGUUAACAUAUGAUAAUGGUAUCUCUUGCUUCAAGUUUUCUUCAACUGAACGAAUGUGCUGUAUUUUGAAUGGUUUUAAAAUUGUUCCAACAAAAGUCACUUUUGUGGAAAUGUCACAGCAGAGAUUUGAAAUGUGAAGUAUCAGCAAGUUGGUAAACAAAAUUACAAGUGAAUAAGCUCUGUGUUUUGACUAAUUGUGUUUCUUGGCAAAUUAGAAGGUAGUGUUUCAAGUUGGCAACGAGACCAUGAAGUUAUUGCUCAGAUAUGGAAGGCCCAUGUCCUGUUGCCAAAGCCUUGCUCUUUGCUCAGUCCAUUUGACCAGCAAUUAAAAUGCAUUAGCAGCAUUCUUUACAAUAACUGAUACUUCAGUGCUACAAUACUUAACAUUGAAUAACUUACCUAGUCAUUAUGGUCUUAUAUAUUUUCUAAUGCCUUCAAAUUUAUUUGGUCAAAUAUUAGUCAAGCCUAUAGACAGUAGCCAAGUUAUAUUUCUAAAUGGGACCAAUAUUCAGAAAUGGUGAAAUUUUAAAACAUUAUGAUAGAAACAUAACUGCUACUGUCACUCAUGGUUUUUGUAUAUGUUAUACACUUACUUUUGAUAUGGUGGAAAAAUGCUCCACAUGUAUUGUUCAUUGGGACAAGGCUGCUGGAAAUGAAAGCAAGCACUAAACUGUUGCUUAUUGAAUAUUGAAGGAAUAUUGUCUGAAGGUUCAUUUUUAUACUAUUUCAGGUCUGCUUCAGAUUAUGAUUGUUAUUCUAAUAAUGUAGCUGUUUUUGUGGAUUUUAAUACAUUGACCAGUUUAUUUAUUCUGAUUACCUCUAAUAGGGCACCCUCAGUUAAGAGUGCUUGAAGCAGUUAUACAUAAAUGGAACCAGAGGGAGAUAUUGGAAACCUUUGGUGAGAGAGAGGGAAGAAAAUAAAACAUUAAACCUGUUUACUAAGACGUAAAUAUUUAUUCAUUAUGAAAUCAUUUGUUAAAUUAUUUCAAAAUAGGCAUCCCAAGCCAUUUUUUUUGUUUUUUUUUAAAUCAUGUUGCACUUCAAAAUUUCCUUUUUAUUAGGAAGUUCUUUACCCAAAACAGGUAUAGUGAACAAGAUUGUUUGGGGGGGGGAAUUACAUUGAACUGCCCAGCUGUGUUGUGGAUUAGCUGACAUCUAUAAUGCAUGAUAAUUCUACUAGAUCAUACAGUAAAUGUUCACACACAUUCUAAUGUAAAGUUGUAUUUGCCUCAUUAAAAUAUAUUGAUAUUAAAAGCACCAGAAAAUCAACUAUGUAUAAAUCUAAUUAUUUGCAAUCCUAUCCUAGCAUUUUUAUGCAAUUUUUGUUGUAAAUUUUCAAUAGCAGAUAGUAAAUAUUUAAACCAGAUUGGUACUGAAAGUUAAGAGUGUUGUAUAACCGCCCACUAAUAACAGCCCCUUCAGAGUCCAUUGUAAAACUGGUAAGCUGUGCUUAGUUGGAAUCUAUAACAGAGCUGCAAUGGUCUUGCAGUGGAGACUGAGAGCCGUGUUGCGAAUGCAAGUCUGCUUGUGGGUACAUGCAGUACCUUGACAAGUGACAAUCCAGCGUGUGCACUUGACUGUUUUUAAUAUUUUUACUGCUCGGUGUAAAGACAGCUGAAAUGCUAAAAGUCGCCUUCUGGACCGAAUGUACUUUAAAUAUCACAUUAUUUUGCAUGUUUGUCCAUUUAUAGGGGAUGGUUACAAUUAAGCUAUUCUGCAAAGCAAAUUUUGUAGAUUAUUUUCUGAAUGCAGGUUCUGAAUGCUGAAAUUCAGUGCAUGCAUGAGCUCCACAUUUAACUAAACCAUUUCAUUGCUAAGAAAAAGCUAUAUGUUGCCAUUUCAAGUAAUAUAAAAUACUGACCAGACAUUUUAACCACAUCAACCUCAUUACCAUGGAACUUUGAUCUCUUAUCACACCUGUGGGUAUUGGGUUUUGUCAUUUCUCUAUCAAUGCACAAUAUAAUUAGCACCAUAGUGCAUGUAUAUUUGACUACAAUUAGCAAAGGUAAAGGAAAGCGUAGAACAGAACUUGUUACCUUCAGUGGUUUUUGUUGCACCUUUUAGUUUGUUUCAGGGUCUUUAUUUUAUGAGACUGAUCAUUUACCAAAAUACUUGUGAAGGGUUUUUUAUACACAUUGUGAAAGAAGAUGUAUAUGUUUCCAAGUCUGCUCUAUGUAACUUCUUUUAAAUGUCUUCGGGAUUACAGCUACUAUAAUACUUGCUUUUAUAUGCCUGUUGUUGCAAGUCCUGCAAUUUUAGGAGUGUCUGCCUUUUGGUAGAUUCUGAUUACAAAAUAUUCAGUUCCUUUCUAUAUUUGUGACCAAACAUGUAUGUAGCAUACUGCCUUGGUGUGUGUUAUAUACUUGUUAGUGUGGAUCCUAUGAGUUUUGACAAUCUCCUGUCCUACUUUCUUAGGUGGCACAAAAAUACCUUAAUUGGCACUUGGCACUAUAAGAAGUACUUGCAAAGAAAGCUUUCUAUGGAACAGAGACUUCAGUUCAUAUUUUUGGUAUUAAAUAACUGAAGCUUGACAAAAUAGCUAAUUCUCACUGUCUAUGUCUUGUUAUUCUGUUGUGCAGUUCGGAAAAAAUAGGAGACAGCAUAUUAUGCUAUAAUAAUUCUUAAGUUCCAUGUUUGCAAAUAAACCUACAAUGAUAGAUAUGAUGCUUUUUGUGUUUUGUUCAUUUACAAUGUAUUAAAUUCUCAUUUGAAAAUCCUGGAGUAGCAACUGUGAGGAAUGUUUUGCUAAUAAGAUUUCAAAAACUUAGACAUUCUAAAAUAGGAAAAGGCAUCAUGUGUUUGUUAAUGUAAAAGAGGAAAAAAAAAUUGAAAUGUAGAAAUUUGAACCAAAGUAUUUAAAACAUGAGGGAAUAUUUAAGGUUGACAUGGGAAUAGAUGUACAAAUGAGAUGGAAGGUCAGCGUGAUUGUUCAAAGCCACUGCCCACACUUUAUACUUGUAGAAUUACUUAUAUUUACACCUUAAAACUGACCAGUAAAUCUAUUAGCUAACAUGCCUCAUGCUGAGUUUUUUGCUGUGCAUUUGGCAUAGAUUGAGCACGAAAUGCUAAGCAGUGAGUGGUAUCAGAUAGUCUCUUAUGUAAAUUUGUGCAAGAAAUUUUAGGAAAUGGUAUACUGUGACCAAAUCAGCUUUACCAGCUGAACUGUACACCCAUUAGUGCCUAGAUGACCAUCAAAAAGAGUAAAAUGUGGCUUUAUUUGCAGUUUUACAAGUGAAACAUUACUGGAAUCAUGUUACAUUGGAGCAUACAACUUUGGGCAACUGUCUUUAAUUUAUUUGGUACCAAUUAGUGCAAAGACUUCUGUUAUUGCAGAAGGAUGAUGUUGAAAUUGGUAAAACAUCGAACUAAAAUAAAAAACACAUUUCUUGCAA